CGGGACGAUUCCAAGUUCUCGCUGAGGCCCAGCCACCCGCCCCCUUCGUUUUGCAUUGGCGUUGAAAGCGGCGCAGAAACCGGAUCCUUCACCUAGCUUGGCCUGCCAAUCUGUCCGACAUGUCAGGACCGGUGCCAAGCAGGGCCAGAGUUUACACGGACGUAAAUACACACAGACCCCGGGAAUACUGGGAUUAUGAAUCGCAUGUGGUCGAAUGGGGAAAUCAAGAUGAUUACCAGCUAGUCCGGAAACUGGGCCGAGGCAAAUACAGUGAAGUCUUCGAAGCCAUCAACAUCACAAAUAAUGAAAAAGUAGUUGUUAAAAUCUUGAAGCCUGUGAAAAAGAAGAAAAUCAAGCGUGAAAUCAAAAUCUUGGAGAACCUGCGAGGCGGCCCAAACAUCAUCACGUUGGCGGAUAUAGUGAAAGAUCCUGUGUCUCGGACUCCGGCCUUGGUUUUUGAACAUGUAAACAACACAGAUUUCAAGCAAUUGUAUCAAACGCUAACAGACUACGACAUUCGGUUCUACAUGUAUGAAAUUUUGAAGGCGCUGGACUACUGUCACAGUAUGGGAAUCAUGCAUAGAGAUGUUAAACCCCACAACGUUAUGAUUGACCACGAGCACAGAAAGCUGCGGCUAAUAGACUGGGGUUUGGCAGAAUUCUACCAUCCUGGCCAAGAGUACAACGUUCGCGUGGCUUCCAGAUAUUUCAAAGGCCCUGAGCUCCUUGUAGAUUAUCAAAUGUACGAUUAUAGCCUGGAUAUGUGGAGCUUGGGGUGUAUGCUGGCCAGCAUGAUCUUCCGGAAGGAGCCCUUUUUCCAUGGCCACGACAACUACGAUCAGCUGGUGAGAAUAGCCAAAGUUCUGGGGACGGAAGACCUGUACGACUACAUCGACAAAUACAACAUAGAACUUGACCCCCGUUUCAACGAUAUCUUGGGCAGGCACUCCCGGAAGCGAUGGGAACGCUUCGUGCACAGCGAGAACCAGCACUUGGUCAGCCCAGAGGCCCUGGAUUUCCUAGACAAAUUGCUGCGAUACGAUCACCAGUCCCGGCUCACAGCAAGAGAAGCAAUGGAGCACCCUUACUUUUACCCCAUAGUGAAGGACCAGGCUCGGAUGGGCUCAGCCAGUAUGCCGGGGAGUAGCACUGCCGUCAGCAGCGCCAGCAUGUUGUCAGGGAUUUCUUCAGUGCCAACGUCUUCACCUCUCGGGCCUCUGGCGGGCUCGCCUGUGAUCUCUGCUGCCAACACCCUAGGGAUGCCAGUUCCAGCAGCCGCGGGAGCCCAGCAGUAGACGACCGCUGCCUGUCUCCUGGACGCCUGACCAGAGCUGGGUCGGGCCAGAGGACCUUGCUCCGCUCCUCCUGCCGGACAGCCGCUGCUCAUGCCCAGCGCAGGGGGGAGAGAAGAAGGUUGGGGCAUGGAAUGCUUUGGAGGGACGAUGUCUGAACAGUUGCUUGUGGAUUUAUAGUAGGUCAGUCAUUAAAAAAAAAAGAAUAGCCCAUUUCUCCCCCCACCCCCCUUUUUUUUACUUGAACUUUUUGUAACUCAGGGGAAUCCCUGAGAGAAGCCCAUGGAGGGAGCGUUUUGCGGACGGUUCUUCCUCGCUCUGCUCCCCUUUUACCUGAGACGAGCCAGCCCCUGAUCUACGGGCCCUCCUCUUGCUGAUUCUGGGCUUUCCUCUUCGGCCGGUUCUCGCCCGUUCGGAAAGGAGGAAGCCCCUGCGUGUUUUUUUUCCCCCACUGGGGGCUGCCAUAUCUGGGCUGCAAGGUCAGGAAGCAGGGGUCCUUAAGUACUUACCUGCGCUAACACCUUUGCACGCUGCACCGAAGCGUAGCCGACGGGUGCAGCCGGAGAGGAUGCCAUUUGCAGAGAGCGCUUACUGGGGUUAGGGGAAAAAAGCCGGUGGCAGAAAUUCUGCAGCUGAGAAAAUGGGCCGUUUGGAUCGGGAGUGAGUUCUUUUCUCCCCCCGCUUAUCGGCGUCAAUCCAAAGUCUCCUGGUUGCUAAUGCGUUUAGAGGGAAGGCCAACCACUACCUCCACGGAACGUGUUCUGUGUAGGGCCAGGCUGUAUAUUCCGAUGAGUGGCUUUCUGCUGCCCCCCCCUCCUCCCAUCAAGGGGCCAGUGAUUUCCCUUGUUCGGGAUUCUGGAAAGGGACGUGCCGCUAAACUGUCGCUAAAAAAAAACGCUGACUCCGGGCUGCAUGCCUCCAACCACACUGGACCACGCAAACUGAUCUGGCGGCUUCAGCCACCUGCCUUCCUCCACGUGCCAUGAGAUGAGAGACGUCCUCGUGUGCUGGAUCCCGUUUGGAAGACCACGGUUCACCGUCUUGUAAAUAGACCCCCCGAAGACAAGAAGUGAACAGCCUGUGACUCUCUGGAAAGAGGGAGACCUUCCAGAGAUACUAACUGCGGAGAACACCUGCGGACCCCCUGGCGUGUAUAUAGUAAAUCUUGUCCUUCCUCUCCGAACGAUGCAAUGUUGGAACUUCUCACGGUGUAAAUAAACUUACUUUUUAAAAAAUUAACUUAUGAAGGGGUUAGGUUUAAGUUGCUUGUGCCGAGGGUCUCGCCGAGCCGGCGUUGCAUUCCGUUUCCACGCUUCGCGGCCUCCUGACCACAAGUAAGUUUGAAGGUCUCUUCGUGUUUGCCCCCUGCGCGGGGGGGGGGGGGGCGUAGUCUGCAAGCGGCACGAAGAAGCCGUGCCUUACACGGAGCAGCUCUCGAGAUCAGCAGAAAGGAUCCUUGGGGGUACUUUUUCCUUUCACGCUCGGCUGCACUGCUAUUUUAGGAUGGGGAGGGGCUAGGCAACGGAAGCACGCCCCUGGUUCCUUGCUCCCACAGUUCUUAGAGUUCAAGCCACUGAUGGGACUGAAAGGACGUUUUCCCUCAUUCAACAACUGCCGGAAGAGACGUCUCUCUCUCCGGGAACCCGAUGAGCUGGUCUUAGGAACAGUCGCCACUUCCUUACGGGGUCUUGUAGGGCUUUUGGUAACCCGCGUAGUCCUUACUGUGUUGCUUAAUAUCCUUCUGCUUGAAUUUGGACACUGGAGGGUAUGGGGCGCGCAGGAAUAAAUCACAAAGUGAGGAAGGCGGAAUCCUGAAAUUUCCCUCUGGUCUCCCCGCCCCCUUCCACCGGAAAACAAUAUUGCAGACUUGUGAGUUUGUAUAAUCACAGAUCUGCUCUUUGCUCACGGGGGGAGACUCUUGGCGGUGGGGUGGUCACGAUGCAUUCUUGCCCCCGCUUUUGGCGAUCUUUGCUCAAUAGUUUCACUAGCGGGGAGCCUUCACAGGAUUCCUAAGGAAGUGACCCUUUUAAUUUGGUGAGCACAGCCUACGUGGAAGCCCUCCGGAGCGUCGUAGCAACUGGGCGAGUCUAAUAGGGAGAAACCCACAAACGGCUGCGACACGUGACCAGCAACCACCGAACCUCAAAGUACCUAAAUGAGACUGGAAAGGUUUUUUUUAGUCCGGGGCGUAACACAAACCACUCCCCCCCCCCCUCUCUACAAAGUGCUGAACGCCACCCCUGCUGCCCGGACAGGCAAGCGACGCCGAAAACGGGAGCACGGGGGAAAUAGCUGAUCGUCGACAACGUCUAUGUUGUAAAUUACCUCAUCUGUAUACCUUGUCUCAGAACCCUUCUUUUUAAUUUCUCAGCACUUCCUGAUUUUUGCUGCAUUGUGUUAGGCAGGGCGGGGGAAAAAAAAAUCCAGACGUCAAUAUAAUAAAGUCUUGGCAAUUUUUUAAAAAAGGGUUUUUUUUUUAAAGAAAACAAAAGGUUUUUAAAAUCUUGUUUGAAGUGAUUUUCUUUUGUUGAAAUUUUAGAGUUUGGGUUAUUUUCCUUUGGAAUUUAUUGGUUGUAAUUGUAUUGUAAUUGUUUGGGGGGAAAAAACAAACGAACUAACCCUUAACUGUGCUGGGAAGAAGUUGUGCCAUGGAGGUCUUUAAUUUUUUUUAAUAAAACCGUUGAAACAAAA